GUCUUUGGGAAUUUGGUUGUGGUGAGUGGUGAGCACCCAAGAACACACUUCUACCAGGCGUUCCUGAGGCUGACCAAGAUCCAUCUGGCUACUGCAGAGGCUUGCACACUCUUUCCAUCCUGCAGCUGAAGUUUUCCAGUUAUCUAAAAUAAAGCAUGGAGCAAUUGAAUUGGAUUGACAAACCUUAGCACAUCAGUAGUCACAUCCUUCCAAAAGCUGUGAUAAAAAGAUUGGCUUUAGAAGCAGUGAUGAAUCUGAUUGUAGUUAAUCUUUAGAAUAUGAAGUUGGCAAAAAGAAAAUGUUAGAGUUGGAUGUGAUCAUAAUAUACAUCAAAUCUAUCUCCUCUCAAACACUUUCAAGUGCAAGUGUAUUGCAAUUUUAUUGGGUCAAGCAAUCCACAGUGAUUUAUUUACUGUUAACUGAGCUGAAUAAUUUGCUGGCCUGAAGCAAAAAGCUGUGAAGGACAGAAAGUAAAGUUUUAGCCACCCCAUCAAAGCAUCAACCUGUGAUUUUGGUCCACCCACCAACUCCUUUUCCUCUGACCUGCCUUCUGUGGACCAAUCUGCAUUAUUACCUAGUUUAAUCUGCCACCUUCGAUGGUACCAUUGCCCUCAAUUCUCGGGAAAAAGAGUCCAGCUGAAGCUUGCACUCAUUUCCCAUCACUACAGCAUCGAGAAGUGCCCCUCCACAAAGAGACUACAUUUCAGCUCAGCACCAACACUGUACCACUUCAUCCCACAGACUCCUGUCCCAGAAGAAACAAAGCCACCAAGGCCAGCAGAGCUUAACAAGGUUCUCUUCCCAGGUAUAUUUGCUCAGGAAACUGAUCUUAUGUGAGGUUUUCAGCUGUGGUUGUGGUGUGGGUUGCUGGUGUUCUCAAUGUGGAAGAACUGCUCCUGCAAUUUCUACAUUUUUUGUCUCACAGUUCUUGUUGCAGUUGUCUGGGCUGAAAAUAAAGGAAAUCCUGCAAAUGAGAUUGUCGACUUCGUAAACAAGAAUCGAACGGCGACCAAGUUACCGAAACUCUAUAACAGUCCAGGACUGGGAUGCAUGGCGUUGCAAUUCUUGCUGGAAUGCACUCAAAACUGCACUAGCAACAAUACGCUUGCCUGCCAGCCUGCAGAAAUUGACAUGACUGAGGUCUAUGCUCCCAACUGUGGGGUAGAGCUACCUACCAUCGACACUAUAUCUGGCCAGCUUGUUGGAUGCUACUGGAGCCAUCUAAAUCCAGAACAAGCCUUCUCCACAGUUCUUGUCCCAACCAAGAAAUCACUCUCUGUUAUUCACAGCAAAGAACAUCAUGAGGUUGGAGUAGGAUAUGUCAGAGGACACCAUGAGCCAUUUCUAUGGUGCAUCUUGUUCAGCAGCGGGAACGCCACCAGCUCCACAUUUGUUCUUGAAGGUGGAACAGGAAUCAAGCAAAGAAGAGGUUGCUUCAGUGGAGGAGAUGUGCCAUGUAAUGUCGGCACCAGCCUUUUGCCGGCACACAACACAUUACUUUUCUCCAUAUGCUGCUUACUUGUGCAACUACUUUUAGUGUUUGGUUGAGUUUCUUGGCAGCUACUUUUUGAGAGACAACUCCAUGAAUUCCCAGGCAGAUCUUGGCUGUCUAUUUAUCUUCUUCUGUACUAUCCUUGUGCUAAAUUGCAAUGAGGAAACACAGGUUGAACACUGAGGUGGGCAAUUUUCUUUCCAAAAAUCAUCUGCUUAAGGUGAUGAGUUGUGGAAUUUUACAUCUUCUGAUGCUUCUAAUUUUCAUCCAUAUUUUCUUA